AUGGUGAAGGAUAUUCUGGGCGGCUACAAAGAGACGAUCAGCUUGUCUCCACAAGCCGGCCUCAUAUUAGACCGUCUUGGCUCCUCACCCCUGCAGACGUCCAGCUUCCUAGACUCCAGCUCUGGACACUCCAGCCCCGGCCUGUCUGAGCAGACAACAGACUCCAUUUUGUCCAGAGAAUCAGUCUCUGACAUCAACACUCAGGAGCUACAGGUCGAGCGUGAGGAGACUCUCAGCGAUGAAGCAAAGGAUGAAGAUGUGCUUGUGCGCAAGGACGACAUGCAGCAGGAGUGGCAUCUGCAGGCGGAGGGCAGGGGGAGGUUACGAAACCUCAACAUCAUCCUGGAGGAAAUCCUGCAGCUCAACCAGCGGCUGGAGCCGUCUUACCAGACUAAUAGUGAACUCCCUCCGUCCAGCCUUAGCUUCUACAGCACCAGCAGGAACCAGCUGUGCUCGCGGGUGUUGGAGGUGGUGAGAAAGACGGCAGAGGGUGCUCUCAAAAUGGCGGCUGGCCAGAGUAACACCUUCCUGUUGGCUUCUAAGAUGGUCGCUGACCACCCUAAAGUUAACAGCCCCCCCUCUUCUGAAGUUGUUUUACGACCGGGGGCGUUUCCCAGCGUGGAGGACGUGGCUGAGGCUGAACGAGCCCUCCACAGGAUGAAGUCGCUGAUUGAGAUUCUGCAGGAGGAGGUUGCCAAGGUCCAGGAACGUAAAAAAGAGGAGGAGGAAUUGCUCAGGAAGCAGGCGGAGCUACAGGUGCAGCAGGAGCGGCAUCGGCGUCAGAAUCAGCAGGCGGAGGGCAGGGGGAGGUUACGAAACCUUGACAUCUUCCAGGAGGAGAUCCUGCAGUUCAACCAGCUGCUGGAUCCGUCCUACCAGACUAAUAGUGACCUCCCUCCGUCCAGCAUCAGCUUCUACAGCACCUGCAGGAACCAGCUGUGCUCGCAGGUGUUGGAGGUGGUGAGAAAGACGGCAGAGGGGGCGUUUCCCAGCAGGGAGGACGUGGCUGAGGCUGAACGAGCCCUCCAACGGAUGAAGUGGCUGAUUGAAAUUCUGCACGAGGAGGUUGCCAAGGUCCAGGAACGUAAAAUAGGGGAAGAGGAAGCACUCAGGAAGCAGGAGGAGCUGCAGGUGCAGCAGGAGUGGCAUCUGCAGGCAGAGGGCAGGGGGAGGUUACGAAACCUCAACACCUUCCUGGAGGAGAUCCUGCAGCUCAACCAGGUGCUUGAGCCGUCCUACCAGACUAACAGUGAACUCCCUCUGUCCAGCCUCAGCUUCUACAGCACCAGCAGGAACCAGCUGUGCUCGUAUGUGGCGGAGUUGGGGACGUUUCCCAGCGUGGAGGACAUGACUGCGGCUGAACGAUCCCUCCACAGGAUGUGGGAGCUGGUUCGACUGCUGCAGGAGGAGGUUGACAUGGUUCAGGAACGUAAAAAAGGGGAGGAGGAAGCGCUCAGGAAGCAGGCGGAGCUACAGGUGCAGCAGGAGGCGCAUCAGCAUCAGAAUCGGCACGCAGAGGGCAGGGGGAGAUUACGUAACCUCCACACCUUCCUGGAGGAGAUCCUGCAGCUCAACCAGCUGUUGGAGCCGUCCUACCAGACUAAUAGUGACCUCCCUCCGUUCAGCCUCAGCUUCUACAGCACCUGCAGGAACAAGCUGUGCUCGCAGUUGUUGGAGGUGGUGAGAAAGACGGCAGAGGGGGCGUUUCCCAGCGUGGAGGACAUGACUGAGGCUGAACGAGCCCUCCACAGGAUGAAGUGGCUGAUUGAAAUUCUGCAGGAGGAGGUUGCCAAGGUCCAGGAAUGUAAAAAAGGGGAGGAGGAAGCGCCCAGGGAGCAGGCAGAGCUGCAGGUGCAGCAGGAGGCGCAGAAGAAGGCAGCGCAGUUGGCCAAAGAAAAGGCUCGGAGGAAAGGGCUGCAGGACAGCGCUGAAGACCGUACGUUGAAAUGGUUUAAGGAUCUUCAGGAUUCAGCUGCUCAGUGCGCUCAGUCCUCUCAACAGCUCAACUCCACUAAAGACGUCCAGACGGUGAAGCUGAAGCUGGACCUCCAGAAAGCCGCCAACAUCUUCAUAAAUCAAAUUUCCAGCAACUCUGGUUCGCAGCUCAGAGAAAUAUUCGACAGGAUCGUCAAGCUUCUGUCCGGGCGGUCGGUGGUGUUGGGGGGGAAGUCUGUCUCCACCUCCCAGCAUCCACAGGGCCUGGACUUUGUCAGCUAUAAACUGGCCGAGAAGUUUGUGAAACAAGGAGAGGAGGAGGUGGCGUCUAACCACGAGGCAGCCUUCCCCAUCGCUGUGGUGGCCUCUGGCAUCUGGGAGCUGCACCCGCGGGUGGGCGACCUCAUCCUUGCUCACCUACACAAGAAGUGUCCGUACGCAGUCCCACAUUACCCUCCAAUGACGGACGGUGCAUCUGUGGAGGAAUAUCAGAAGAUUCUUGGUUACCGUGUGGACGACUCCGGAAUUGAAGGUCAAGACAUUUUCCUGAAGAGGAUGUCUGGGAUGAUCCGUCUGUACGCUGCCGUGAUUCAGCUGCGGUGGCCCUACGGCUCCAAGCAGGGGUCCGCUCCUCACGGUCUGAACCACGGUUGGCAUUGGUUGGUUCAGAUGCUCAACAUGGAACCUCGGGCCGACAUCACGGCAACACUACUGUUUGACUUUCUGGAGGUUUGUGGAAAUGCUUUAAUGAAGCAAUACCAGAGCCAGUUCUGGAAACUCAUCCUGCUGCUCAAAGAGGAAUACUUCCCCAGGAUCAAGGCAGUGACCAGUAGUGGACAGAUGGGCUCAGUCCUCAGACUCAAGCAGUUUCUGGAGACAUCGCUGCAGAGAGAAGACAUCAAACCUCCCAAAGGUCAACUGAGCUCCACGUUCUGGAGUUCAUGA